AUGGCUGAAAUCUUUAUCAAGGAAGUAUGGAAACUGCAUGGUACCCCUAGGACAACAAUCUCAGAUAGAGGCAGGGUAUUCAACAAUGAAUUCCAAAGGGCCUUAUAUGAGAGAUUGGGAAUAAAGCCUCUAUACCCUACUGCCUAUCACCCUGAGACAGAUGGCCUUGCAGAAAGAACAAACCAAUGGUUGGAGGGAUUCUUGUGCAGCUACUGUAACUAUGCACAAGAUGAUUGGGCAAAAUGGCUACCUAUAGCUGAGUUCUGUCACAACAAUCAAGUCAACUCUGCAACUGGCAAAUCAGCCUUUGAGAAAGUGUAUGGGAUGCACCCAAGAUGGAAUAUUGCACCUACCACCUCCAAUGUACCACAUGCAGAAGACAUGACCAAACAAAUGGAACUAAUCUGGGAUAAAGUCAAGGCCUCCAUGGAGUCCCACAAAGCAAAGGAAAAGGCACCCAGACAGGAAUACAAAGUAGGAGAUAAAGUGUGGCUAAUGACCACCAAUAUCCAAACAAAGAGACCUGCAAAGAAACUGGACAACAAAAAAGCUGGACCCUUCACUAUCACUGAAAAGAUCUCAUCCAAUGCUUACAGGCUAGACCUUCCUAACACCAUGAAAAUUCACAAUGUCUUCCUUCUCAACCUCCUGGCUCCCUUCAAAGAGAACACUGACUUCCACAGAAGAGAAGUGAAACCUCCCCCCAUCAUAACAGAGGAAGGAGAAGAGGAGUAUGAAGUGGAAAAGAUUGUGGCAUAA